AUGGCUAGAGUUUUCUUCAUUUCGCCUUUCUAUCUUAGCUUCUUCAUCUUUCUUAUCUUCUCUUAUGCCGCAAUUCCAAUUCUUGGGGAUGAAUACAGCUAUGUUAAGCAGGUUGAUCCUAAGAAAAUGGGGAUGAGGAAGGAAAAGCUAAGUCAUUUUCGUUUUUAUUGGCACGAUAUUGUGAGUGGUCCUAAUCCGAGCUCAAUUCAAGUAGUUUCAUCACCUACAAACUCAACAACUGCGUUUGGUUUGAUAAAUAUGAUCGAUAAUCCUUUAACUGUUGGGCCUAAAUUAAGCUCAAAAAUAGUUGGAAAGGCUCAAGGGCUUUACACGUCUGCAUCACAAGAAGAAAUUGGAUUGUUGAUGAUUAUGAACUUUGCAUUCAUUGAUGGCAAGUAUAAUGGCAGCACAUUUACUGUAUUGGGUCGAAACACAGUAUUUUCUAAGGUGAGAGAGAUGUCAGUGAUCGGCGGUAGUGGACUUUUCCGAUUUGCUAAAGGUUACGUUCAAGUAAAAACUUACACAUUCAAUAGCACCACAAAAGAUGCCACGGUUGAGUAUAAUGCUUAUGUUUUGCAUUAUUAAACCCUUUUUUUUUGUAAGAUUUUUUUGUAUUGUGUUGUGGCCCACUAUUAUGACAAUUUAAAUCAUUAUGUUCCCACCAUAUGCUAAGUGGGGUCCUUUGAUGUUGCUUAAUUUAA